GGUGCACCUGAAGGCAGCACCGUGCUGUGUGGACAGCAGCAGUGGGUCGGUCUCAGUCAGUUUGGCAGCAGCUGAGAAUGUGGAGGCUCCAGCACGCUCCGCUAUUUCCAGGACCGUAAACAGGCUCUCUCUCCACCGCUGCACCCGGGCGACCUGCGCUCUCCAGUCCGGGGAGGCUUCGCUUGUUUCUGGGACCGAAUCAGAUGGUCACCCGCUGCUGCUGGCGGCGGCAGCGGCGGCUCACUGCGGGGCGAGAGAGAGGGAACCAGCCGGGGCGCUAACACCUCAAACCCGCUGCUGCUGUGGGAGAAUGCGGUGAAGUGUCAGUCGCUGAAUCCGUGAAAUCUUCGUGUGCCCCCCCCCCCUCGGUUAAAUGUGUCACCGCUCCGAAGCAGCUCUCGUAGGAAACGACGAUGGAGUGAGAUCUGCGGCGGCGGCGAGCGACUCCCAACCUGCCGCGAUUAUCUCCCCUGCGCGUAAAUAAAUAAAUGAUAGAGGAUACGAUGACCCUGCUGUCCCUGCUAGGUCGGAUCAUGCGUUAUUUUCUGCUCAGACCGGAGACCCUGUUCCUGCUGUGCAUCAGCCUGGCUCUAUGGAGCUACUUCUUCCACACGGACGAGGUGAAGACCAUCGUCAAGUCCAGCCGGGACGCGGUCAAGAUGGUCAAGGGGAAAGUGGCGGAGAUGAUGCAGAACGAGCGCUUCGGCGGGCUGGACGUCCUGGACGCCGAGUUCUCCAAGACCUGGGAGUUCAAGAGCAACACCGCGGCCGUGUACUCCAUCCAGGGCCGGCGAGACCACAUGGAGGACCGGUUCGAGGUGCUCACCGACGUCGUCAACAAGAGCCACCCUUCUAUCUUUGGAGUUUUUGACGGCCACGGUGGAGAGGCUGCUGCUGACUUUGCCAAGGCCCACCUGCCCGAGGCUCUCCGCCAGCAGCUACUGACCUAUGAACGGGAGAAAGAGCGAGACAGAGAAAAAGAGAAAGAUGAAAAGAAGGAGAGGGGCGGCCUCUCCUAUCCUUCCAUCCUGGAGAAGCAGAUCCUGACGUUGGACAGAGAAAUACUGGAUAAGCUGUCUGCCAUUUACAAUGAAGCAGGUACUACAUGUCUGGUGGCCCUGCUGUCUGAUAAGGAGCUGACGGUGGCCAACGUUGGAGAUUCACGCGGAGUUCUUUGCGAUAAAAACGGCAAUGCCAUUCCUCUAUCGCACGACCACAAACCUUACCAGCUCAAAGAGCGCAAGAGGAUCAAGAAAGCUGGUGGUUUCAUCAGUUUUAACGGUUCAUGGCGCGUCCAGGGCAUAUUGGCCAUGUCCCGUUCUCUGGGCGACUACCCCCUGAAGAACCUCAACGUGGUCAUUGCCGAUCCUGACAUCAUGUCCUUCGACUUGAACAAGGUGCAGCCGGAGUUCAUGAUCCUGGCGUCCGACGGCCUGUGGGACACCUUCAGCAACGAGGAGGCGGUCCGCUUCAUCAGGGAACGAUUGGAUGAGCCUCACUUCGGCGCCAAGAGCAUCGUCCUCCAGUCCUUCUACCGUGGCUGCCCUGACAACAUCACCGUCAUGGUGGUAAAGUUUAAAAGCAAGGCCAGUGAGCAGUAGUCCACCCAUCUACCACAUGCAGUAUCUAUAUCUUGUUUGAAUAGGCUUAAGAGGAAAGAUUUAAAAACCAGUCUAUUGGGGAUGGCUGUGUCCAGAAUUGGGGGAAAAAGCUAAUAAAUGGGUCAAUUGUUAAGGAAAGGUUUGGUAAGAGUUAGGGUUAUUGUGUGUGUGUGUGUGUGUGUGUGUGUGUGUGUGUGUGUGUGUGUGUGUGUGUG